AUGGAGAACACACUGCCAGCUGGGAAAAUGCAGAGAAUAUGCAAGAAAAUCUCAAAAAUAUUUCAACAAACUUGUGCCCUCUUAUGGAAAAAUAUUCUUAGGAUGUGGAGAACAAAAAUGGAAACUUUACAGGAAUGGAUUACCAUGCUGGCCCUCACCUUCAUAAUAUUCUUAACAACACGAGCGAUAUUCCAAUUCCCACAUUAUGAAAUCCCUUAUAAAUUCCUUGGACGCUUAGAUGAUCCUGCCUUCAAUGCUACCGGAGUUAAAGUUUUAUAUACCCCAGCAACGGAUGCCACCAGGCAAAUAAUGGCUAAAGUGGCUUCAGAUUCGGCAAUGAUGGGUAUAAAACCUGAAGAAGUGACAAAUGAUAAAAUAGAAGAUGAGCUUUUGGAUAGAGACCUUAUUGGUGUUGUUUUUAAGGAUGACUCCUCCUAUAGUCUCCGAUUUCGCAACUACAGAAUAGUAGAUCCAAGUGAUGUCCUUGAUCAAAUAGAAACCUGCUACAAUUAUUCAUCAAGCUUCUGCAAUGUCCCUUCAUACUGGAAAGAGGGCUUUUUAUCACUGCAGGCCAGCAUUGAUGCAGCAAUGAUAGAAGCGAAAACAAAUCGUUCCGUCUGGGAAGAGAUGAAGUCAAUUAGCGGCAUUUAUCUGAAAUCAGACUCAGUCAAGCCUAUGUAUAGAAUGGACUAUAUUUGGUUCAUUUUUGGCCUUAUAGUGUGUUUCACUCCAAAUAUGUACUUUUUAUCAGUGAAGGUUAUAAGAGAGAAAAAGAAGCUCAAAGUUUUAAUGAAAGCAAUGGGUUUACAAGAUAUCGCAUUCUGGUUGUCCUGGAGCUUGCUAUACACCGUUUACAUUUCAAUCUUGGCAAGCUUGCUGACAGCCAUCACGCUUCAAGUCAUCUAUGAACACAAAUUUACUGAAAUAUUCUUCUUUUAUUUCUUUUAUGGCAUAUCAUCUAUUCACUUCUGUUUUAUGCUCAGCUCAUUGUUAAGGAGGCCUAAUAUUACUAGUUUUGUGGGGUUUGUCCUUCAAAUUCUCUUUGGAUGUGUGGGCUUUUUGACCUUUUUUGAAAUGCUACCUCCGGCUUUUGAAUGGAUUUUUAGUUUCAUGAGUUCUUUUGUCUGUGCAGCCGGGAUCUCAAAGCUUAUAAAUUUGGAAAAACAUGGAGCAGCACUUACACCAGAAUUGUACCCUUUCUUUAGUCUCUACAUCAUAUUAGCCCUUGACAGUGUUUUAUAUAUGCUGUUGGCCAUCUACUUCGAUAAAGUUUUGCCUGGUAAAUAUGGAGUACAGUAUCCUCCUUCAUUCUUCCUGAAGCCAUCCUACUGGUUCCCACACAAGUACAGGAGCACAGGAGAGGGAGCUGGCAAUGGAAGCAGCCAUAAACCUCUCAGUACUGCUGAAGAACCGAUGCCUCCAGAGUUUGCUGGGAAGGAAGCAAUCAGAAUAAACAAUAUUAGCAAAACAUGCAAAAGGAAGGACAAGAGAACAGAGGCCUUAAAAGGCUUGUCCUUGAAUGUUUAUGAAGGCCAGAUCACAGCAUUGCUUGGUCACAGUGGAUCUGGAAAAACAACUCUAUUAAAUGUGCUCAGUGGCUUUGCCCAGCCUUCAGCAGGUUCUGCAAUGAUAUACAACUACAAAAUAUCUGAAAUAGAAGAUAUGGAAGCAAUUCAGACAAUUGUUGGGGUUUGUCCACAAUCGAAUCUGCAUUUUGAAGCCUUAACAGUGAAGGAAAACCUGCGAACUUUUGCUCACAUCAAAGGGAUUCAGAUGAAAGAAGUAGAGCGAGAGGUGAAGGAAGUACUGACAGCGUUGGAUCUCACUGAUCUUCAGGAUGCCCACCCCAAUACUUUGACUGUGGGACAAAAAAGAAAAUUAUCUCUUGGAAUUGCAAUUUUAGGGAAUCCAAAGGUGUUGCUUUUAGAUGAGCCAACAGUGGGGUUAGAUCCUUCCUCCAGACACCAGGUGUGGCGUCUUCUGAAGGAAAAUAAAGCUGAUCGUGUGAAGCUCUUCACUACCCAGUGCAUGGAUGAAGCUGAUAUUCAUGCAGAUCGGAAAGCUUUUCUCUCAAAUGGGAGAUUACAGUGUGUUGGCUCAUCUCUUUACUUGAAGAGAAAAUGGGGAGUUGGCUAUCAUUUAAGGCUUAAUCUCUUCAGCCACCUCGAGAGCAACCUCUUGCAGGGGGUUGUUAAUUACGAGGUUAACAGGACCACCCUGGAAGAUGUUUUCCUGAAGUUAGAGGGUGAGGAAGCUAUCAAUCAAGAAGAAGAUGGAGACUGCUUUGACUUUGAAGGGAUGGACCAAAGUCUCCUGACGCUUUGGGAGAGAGGGAGAGCCACCGUCAGUGGCAUGGAGCUCUGGAGACAACAAGUUCGGGCGAUGGCAAGAGUUCGCUUCUUAAAGCUAAAGCAUGACGGAAAACUACUCAGGUCCAUAUUGCUGCUGUUUGGAGUAUUUAUCCUUCCUUUGUUUGUCACUUUUCUUCUAUUGCAACUGACGGAAGGAUUCAAUAACCUUGAGCUGACCGCUAGCUUGUAUUUUGUUCCCACUGAACAGAAAGCUCGUAUUAAAUCAACAAAUCUUCUCAUCUUCAAUGAUACAGGAUCAGAUAUUGAGGAUUUCAUUCAUGCCUUGAAGAUUCAAAAGAUAGUGCCAGAAAUAGCUGUUGAGAAAAACAUCACAAGUAUCCCGCAGUAUAAUGGAGCUAUAAAAGUAUCCCUGGAAGGCAAGCGCUACCACUACACGAUCAUGUGCAGUGCAGAGCCCAUCAACUGUUUUCCAGUGCUCAUGAAUAUCCUUAGCAACACUUUCUUAAGGCUCUUCAAAUCCACAGAACGUAUCCGCAUCUGGAGUAACCCCUUUCCUCAUAUAAAACACUCCGCUCUCAUGUAUGACACGUUUUAUCGGUUCCUCUUGCUCAUGCUCUUGUUGAUUGCUGGUUUGCCUUCUCACUUUGCAAUGAGUAGCAUGGAUGAUUACAAGAUCAAGGCUCGCUCCCAGCUGCGGCUCACAGGGCUCUUCCCUUCGGCCUACUGGUGUGGGCAGGCGCUGGUUGACAUCCCGCUCUACUGGGCACUCAUCAGCCUCAUGUUUGGGACUCUGGCUUUGUUCUGCAACAUCACCUUCUUCAAUGCCACCAUUGUUCUGUCUUUUAUCAUUUGCGUCAUUGGUUAUGGAGUAUCUCUUGUUCUACUCAUUUAUUUGAUUGCAUUUAAAUUUCGCAAUGGACGGAGCAAUCGUUAUUUUUGGUCUUUCAUCGUUUUUGUGGUAAGUAAAGUGAAUCUUCACUCUGCAGUAUUUGGUUUACACAUCAAGCCACCUGAGGGACCGUACGAUUUUGACAGGGCCGAGGAUUUAGAGCUGCAGAGUGAAUUCUUUAUCCCUGUCUUUGCACCCUUUAUCCACUGCGUGAUUUUUGUUCUUCUACUUGGCUGCUUGGAGGCACGAUACGGAGGAGCAGCUACAAGACGUGACCCCAUUUUCAGGAUGUACUGCGGGAAAGCAGUCACGCGCCAGAACAAGGACCAUCCAGGAGAGGAAGCUGCAGAAGUGCAGGCUGAGAGGGAGCGCGUCAGGAGGGCGAUAGCAUCUCUGCCACAGCAAGAGGAUCCUGUCAUCGUCAGUAGUGCACGCAAGGAAUAUGAAGACAGGAAGGCCUGCUGCUUUUUAAAGAAAAAAAAGAAAGUUGCUGUCAAAAAUCUCUCUUUCAGCAUUAAAAAAGGAGAAGUAUUAGGACUGUUAGGACCCAACGGAGCUGGAAAAAGCACAACUAUGAAUAUGAUUUCUGGAGACAUAACACUGACUGCUGGGGAGGUGCUGAUCCAGGGCAGCGAUGCCUCUUCUCCAGGCCAGGACAGCGCUGGGUUCCUUGGGUGCUGCCCUCAGGAGAACCCGCUCUGGCCCGAGCUCACGGUGCAAGAACAUCUGGAAGUGUACGCUGCUGUGAAAGGGAUGAGGGAUGAAGAUGUGGCUGCUAACAUCAGCCGCAUAGCAGUGGCCCUGGAGCUCCAGAAGCAUUUGAAAACAGAGGUUAGGAGAUUGUCUAUGGGAGAAGCAAGAAAGGUGAGCUUUGCGCUGAGCGUGCUGGGCAACCCAACAGUCCUGCUAUGGGAUGAGCCGUCCGUAGGCAUGGACCCCAAAGGGCAGCACCAGAUGAGGAAGUUUUCUGUAGGUGGAAAUAACUGUGAUCCCUCUGUUUCCAGGAAAGCAAUUCAGACAGCGCUGAAGAGCAAGGAGAGGGGAGCCAUGCUCAGCACGCAUGACUUGGAUGAGGCCAUGGCGACGUGUGACCGGGUGGCCGUGCUGGUGUCGGGGCAGCUCCGCUACAUUGGCUCUGCUGAAGAUCUGAAAUGUAAGCUUGGUCAAAGUUACUACCUGGAAGUCACGACGAGGGACAGUAACAACAUGAUGGUUUUUUUUUUUUUUAGUAGUUCUUCUUCUUUGCUGGUCUACAAGAUACCCAUGAAAAAUGUCCUUCCUCUGUCCCAGUCUUUCUCCAAGCUAGAAGCAGCUAAACGAAAUAGGAGGCUUGAGGAGUACAGCUUGUCUCUGCGCACCUUGCAACAGGUAUUUGUAGACCUCACCACGGAUUUCGAGGAGCAUGACCAGGAUGAAGUGUCCAGUAAAGCUCAGGAUCAGAGACCUCUUCAUCCCAGAGAUGUUUAA